GCCCCUUUGCCUUCCUUCUCCUCACCUGGCCCCUCCUGCCUUCCCUGGGAGACCCCGGAGCGCGCUCGCCUUUUGCCCUUCCGGUCAAGCCUUUUCGCUCUUUCUCUUCCCUUCUUCCGGCCUGCGUUGUCCCCGAACCUCUCUGCUUCCCGUCCCCAGGCUGUGGACCAGAGACCUUUCCAUUUCCUCCCGUGCUUGGGCGCCUUCCGCUGAGCCCCCACAGCCUCCCAGCUUAGGCUUCCUGGACUGUGAGACCCUCCCACUCUCCACCUAGUUCUUUCAUUCAUUUUCUCCUCCUUAUGACUCUUGCCCUGACUCCCCCCCUCCAAUCCUCUGCCCCCCCCUCACACUCCAACUUCCUGCCCUUGCUCUUCCAAUGCCUUUGCUGCUCCCUUCUAGCUUGCUACACUUCCUCUGCCAUCACAUUCCUGCCCAGUUGAAGCUUUGAGGGGGAUGGUCUUCUUCCAGAGGCUUCCCUGACUGUUCCCAAUGCUGAGGCCAAAGGGGAUGAGAUCUGGGCCCCCGCCUUGACCAUGGCCUUGGUGAGCUCCGAGGGAGCGGCUGAAGGGACCUCGGGGACCACCGGCCGUACCUCCUGCCCGCUCUGGACCGUGCUCUAUGACUACGAGGCCUCCGGGGAAGAUGAGCUGAGCCUGCGGCGAGGGGAAGUGGUGGAGGUUCUCUCCAAAGAUGCGGCGGUCUCCGGAGAUGAUGGCUGGUGGGCUGGCAAGAUCCGCCACCGCCUCGGUAUCUUCCCAGCCAACUAUGUGACCUACCAGCCGGGACGCUACCAACACCCCCCGCUGGGAUUGCUGGAAAAGUCUGGGCAUGAAGCCCAAGCCCAAGCUAUGGGCGAUGGGCAUCCUGUCAGUGGUGAAGACCAUUUGGGUUCUCUAGAAGAGAUUAACUUCCAGCAUCUGGAACUGCAGGAGAUCAUUGGAGUUGGGGGCUUUGGCAAAGUUUAUAAAGCAAAAUGGAAGGGCCAAGAAGUGGCGGUGAAAGCAGCGCGGCAGGACCCAGAUGAGGACAUCAAGGCCACGGCAGAGAGUGUGAGGCAGGAAGCAAAGUUGUUCUCCAUGCUGAAACAUCCCAACAUUAUUGAGCUUCAUGGUGUAAGUUUGCAGGAGCCCAACCUCUGCCUGGUCAUGGAAUAUGCUAGGGGAGGACCCCUCAACAGAGCUCUGUCAGGGGCCUCUCCCUCCACCAGUGGGAGUCACUGGGGCCGUCGGAUACCUCCUCAUAUACUGGUCAACUGGGCCGUGCAGAUAGCUCGCGGGAUGCUUUACUUGCAUGAAGAAGCCUUAGUAUCCAUCCUUCACAGAGACCUCAAGUCAAGCAACAUUCUGUUGCUUGAGAAGAUAGAGAACGAUGAUAUUCAUAACAAAACACUGAAGAUUACAGACUUUGGCUUGGCUAGAGAGUGGCAUAGAACAACUAAAAUGAGUGCUGCGGGAACCUAUGCAUGGAUGGCACCUGAAGUUAUCAAAUCAUCCAUGUUUUCUAAAGGAAGUGAUAUCUGGAGUUAUGGCGUAUUGCUGUGGGAACUCCUUACGGGAGAAGUUCCAUACCGAGGCAUUGAUGGUCUUGCUGUGGCUUACGGUGUUGCUGUCAAUAAGCUUACUUUGCCCAUUCCAUCCACAUGUCCCGAACCAUUUGCUAAACUAAUGAAAGUGUGCUGGGCUCAGGAUCCCCAUAUCCGACCGCCCUUUACCUUGAUUCUUGAGCAGCUUACUGCCAUUGAGGGGGCUGUUUUGACUGAGAUGCCUCAAGAAUCUUUCCAUUCCAUGCAAGAUGACUGGAAACUGGAAAUUCAACAGAUAUUUGAUGAACUGAGGACCAAGGAAAAAGAGCUGAGGUCACGAGAAGAAGAAUUGACAAGAGCUGCCCUCCAUCAGAAGUCACAAGAAGAGUUGUUGAAGCGGCGUGAGCAGCAGUUAGCAGAACGGGAGAUCGAUGUACUGGAGCGAGAACUCAAUAUUUUGAUAUUCCAGUUAAACCAAGACAAGCCCAAUGUGAAGAAGAGAAAGGGAAAGUUCAAAAAAAGCAGAUUAAAGCUUAAAGAUGGCCACAGAAUCAGUCUGCCUUCAGAUUUUCAACACAAGAUAACAGUGCAAGCCUCCCCGAACCUGGAUAAGCGAAGAAGUUUAAACAGUAACAGCUCUAGUCCACCAAGUAGCCCCCUCAUAAUUCCCCGUCUUCGAGCUAUACAAUUGACCUCAGAUGAGAGCAACAAAACGUGGGGAAGGAGCACAGUUUGUCAUCAGGAAGAAUUUGAAGAUGUCAAGCGAGGCUUCAAAAAGAAAGGGUGUACAUGGGGGCCAAGCUCAGUUCAAACAAAAGAGCGUACGGAUUGUAAAGAGAGAAUAAGACCUCUCUCAGAUGGCAGUAGUCCUUGGCCAACACUUUUGAUGAAGAAUCAGAAAGGUGUUCCUUUAGCGUCUUUGUUCAUAGACCAAGAACAGAGGCUUUCCUCUGAAGGUCUGGAUACUAAGCGACCAAAGCAAUUAAAGUUGCCAAAUCAGGCCUACAUCGAUCUACCUCUUUGGAAGGAUGACCAAGGAUUUAAUUCUGCAGAACAGGAGAGCUCUGAAGAAAGAAAUUCAGCAAGUUCUGCAAAUAGCACUCCACAAAUGACCCCUACAAACAGCCUCAGCAGAACAUUUCAGAAAAAGAAAACUGACACAGUGCUUUAUGGAUGCGGGGUCCUCCUUGCAUCAGUAGCACUGGGCGUGGAUAUUAGGGAGCUGAACAGAUUUCAGGCUCCUGAAGAAGUACUGCCCAAGGAGGAAAAGAAAAGGCGUGAUGGAAUAUUUCAGCGAGCUUCCAAGUUUCACAGAAGUGCAAGCCCUGUAAGGUUGCAGUCCAAGAAGGAGGAAGCGCACAUCCCUUCACUAUGUCCACCCGCAAGUACUGUGAACCUUUUCUCUCUUUCUUCUGCUUCCACUAAAUGCCUCCUUCAGUCUGACAGUGAAGAUACAAUUACGAGCACGCUGCCCUUUAACAGAGAUGCUCCCAUUAGACACUUUUUGUCUGAAAGUCCUGCGAGUAAAAGAGAACAAAUGGCCAAAGCUGAUCCUGCUGCUGAUUCUAAUGUGCCAUCUCCCCAUCUUCCUUUGAAGGAAGAAUCUCAAUUCAUAUCCAAUGCCUCUUCCUCAAAAGCAAGAGUUUUGGGUCACAGACGAACCGUGUCAGAUGGAAACCCAUGCCAUUCCAUAAGUAAUGGAAUUGCUAAUGGGGCUCCAGAGAGUGUUCACUGCCCAUCUCUCCAGCAAAGAAGCAAUACUUCACCUGUAAAGCAAGGAAUUGUCAACAUUAUACCAAGACCUCGACCCUCUUCUCUAAGAAGUCGGCUAGAUCCUUGGCAGGCUAUUCCACAACGUCGGAAGUCAAGCCCUUUUGAGUCUGUCGGUUCAGAGCGUGAUAGAGGUUCAACGGUUAACUCACUGACAGACACUGAUGAGAGAACUAAAUCCCAUAUGCCAUCUUUGCUGGAUAUUGAUGUAGAAGGUCAAAACAGUGACUCUACAGUGCCUCUGUGUAGGUUGAAGAGUAAAGCGUGCCGGCCAUCAAUAUAUGAACUGGAGAGAGAAUUCUUGUCUUAAGUGCCUUGAUUUUUUUCCUGUGCCCUUUCUAAAGAAACAUUUUCUGUGCAUGACAACUUUAUGCUGCUUUUCUCCUAAUCUUUUUGACCAAUAGUGCUGGUAUUACACCAGGCAGAAAAACAUUAAAUAUAGAAAGAAUAUACAGUGGAAGGGUUGCUCUGCAGCACCCGUACAUGAUAUGAGUGUUUAAUAACAGUAUUCUGAAUGAAUAUGUGUGUGGAAUUCAUUUAAUUCCUCACAAUUUUAAUUUGCCUUUAUCUAGUUGCAGAACAGCAGGCCCUUUUUACCUUUGGCUUUUUCUCAUUAAAAACUUGAUCUGCUAUAUCCUAAAGUCCAGUUGCAGCCAAUGGAAGUUUUGUCUGCAGGCAAAAGAAAAGUAGGAUUUUACACAAUGAAUUACUUGUAAUCAAACAUGGAAUUGUUCAGAAGUAUGCAGCUUUUCAAUUCCCAAUUGAAACGUAGUUUAAUUAGGCAAUCCCCCAAAGGCAGUAACUGUUAAAAAUAAGAACUUUUAAGAACUUUCGCAAGGAAACCCAUCAUAUAAUGGUAAUGAUACACUGCAGUGUAGAUAUACAUGUGUAUGGUUUCCUUUUUUAAAAUAAAUAAGGUAAAUAUUAAUAUUAACUUGAUCACAAUUUCCAAAAUCAGUGGUACUUCUGAGUAAGGUUAUGGGAAACAAAUGGAAAAGACAGGCACUUUCAAACUGAUUUUUUUCCUGUUGUUCACUGUGCUUAAUCUCUUGUAGAACUGAAAAUGCUGUUAGAGAAUCUUAAUUACUGAAAAAGUUCCAGUGAAACACAUGUUUUGCUUUACUGUGCCAAUCAUAAUUUUCUUAAAUUCCUUUAUGGUCUUUUAAAGUCUAAUGUCUUAUAGAUCUGGAUUCUUAUUCAGCAUACACUACAGUAUGUGAAACAGAAUACAGUAAGAAUUUCACAGUAACAAUUACCUAUUGAGAAAGAUGCAUUUCAAACUGUGUGAGCAAUUUAAAUGAAAUCCUGUUUUGGCCAGUUAUAACAUUAUAGUAUUCAUGUGAAAUAAAUUCUUGAAGGUA